ACUAAAAAUUUUGAUUUUUAUUUUUGCAGAAGAUCUUGGAACAAUGCGAUUGCCUAGAAUUGUUUUUUGUUUAUUCUACAUUUUCACGCAAGGUCUCUCAAUUCCACUAAGCCAAUUCUUACGUUUGGCAGCAUCAGAAAACUAUUACAAUGAUCCUUCGAUUGCAGCACUUCCUAGUGCACAGAACCGACUCUACGAAAAAGUGUAUGCACCACCGGCAACUGAGAAAUACGAUCGAUUCAUUCGAAAUGGCUUAUUUGAUUUUCGUCCACUAAUACGACAUCCAUACGAAUACCGGUUACAGUAAUCCCUACCCAAAUAGCCCCAAAAUACCAAUUAGACUGCCCUUUAGUUUGAAGAUUUUUCCUUCAAAAAAAACAAUUGAAACUCUGAAAUUUCUGAGAAUUCACUUCUAAUUUGUCAUAAAUCAGCGGGUUUAGUUUGUGUAUCCAUUCACUGGUUUUCUUUGACUUUUCCUCAAACAAUUUUCUUCUAUUCUCUCGUUUUUUUUUCGAUCUCGCGAAAUUUUUAUGUACGAAUCUCAUGUUGAACCUCAUCAAAAAUUGUUUAAUUGUCCACUGAAAAUUUAAAUAAAAAUUGAUUUAAUAUU